UCAAGGAAGAAGCAAAUAGAGAAGGGAAGCGCAGGUUUCGGAUGCAACAGAAGUUGAGUGAAGCAGAGAGCCUCCAAUGUUGCUUGGUGGUGGCUCUCGAAUUUCACAUCAUCUCCGAGAAUGCGACCUCCGUUUCCACUUGAGCUGCAGAUUUCGUUACUACAGUUCCCAAAUUGUACAGCUUUCCUUCCCAUCGCCUCUGAAUUCUUCUCUGCCAUGUCUUGAAAAGCAAAUCAGACUGUCUUCAUCUUCGUCGUCAUCGUCAUCAUCUUGUUAUUCCAGCAUUCCAUCCGAGUCUUUUGAUUGUUUCAGCCAAAGAGAGGAUGAUCAAGAAGUUAUCUCCGAUGGAUUAUCACCAAUAGCAGGAGGAGUUGUAGCAUUGGGAAAGUUUGAUGCAUUGCACAUUGGUCAUCGAGAGCUUGCCAUUCAAGCAUCAAGGGCUGGGCCUCCAUUUCUUUUAUCAUUUGCUGGAAUGGCUGAAGUACUUGGCUGGGAACAAAGGGCUCCUGUAGUUGCCAAGUGCGACCGGAAGCGAGUGCUGUCUUCUUGGGCUCCUUAUUGUUGUAACAUGGUCCCAAAAGAGUACCAGGUUGAGUUUUCAAGGGUGAGACAUCUCAGUCCUCGUCAAUUUGUUGAGAAGCUAUCAAAAGAGCUCAGAGUUCGUGGAGUUGUUGCUGGCGAGAACUACCGAUUUGGGUAUAAAGCUGCUGGGGAUGCAUCAGAAUUGGUAAAGCUGUGUCGAUAUGGUAUGGAAGCUUACGUAAUAAAGUCUGUUAUGGACAAGAAUCAAAACCCUGCAACUUUUAGUACCAACAACCCAAAAGAGAAAGGACAGGUGUCGUCUACCCGUGUCCGGCAGGCUCUUGCUGUUGGGGAUAUGCGAUAUGUCACAGAGCUUCUAGGUCGACAACACCGUGUCGUAUUGACGGCCACUGACCCAGAAGGAUUUAGUGUUGGUAAUUUCAAGUUUUCUGCUCCUAAAUCCUGCUUGAUGAAUCUUGCACCAAAGGAAGGUUUAUAUGAGAAUUGUUAUCUUUUCCUUGAUCAAGACAGUGUAGUGCAGUGUAGAAUAGUUGUUGACACCGAGUUUGUGCAUGUAGAAGUAGCUGACUUAGGUCUGAGUGACAAUGUCAGGACUCAACAUUUUCAGUUGCUGCAAAUUGAAUUUGCUGGUUCCAGUUCUUGAUGCUGUUGAAAAUUUAGCAUUUUAUGCUCAAUUUGAUCUUAGCUAUGGUAUAGUUGUAUCAUAUUCCCAAAAUUAUUGGGAUUCAACUGCUUUAUAUGUCAUGAAGCUGAUCAAAGUAGCUAUGGUUUAAUGUUCAUCCUGUUUCUUUCA